CUGUCAGUCUCCCCGGGACGUUGUGGUUUCCAUAGCAACUGAUUCCCAAAGAAGCUCCGAAUCAAAGUCUCCAGGUCCUUGCAGUGCCCGGCCGAGGUCUUGCAGCACAGCCGAGCCCUUGUGUGUAUGGGUAGCAGGCUGUAUGGCUGUAAUAAAGGCAGGCAGAGAGCCGCAAUGGGUGCUGUGACCUCGAGAUCGUACCCCUUUAACGAUAAGGAACAAACCCCGCAGACUCGGGAGGUGCUCAGAGACACAUAAUGUCACUAAUACGUACAUCCGUCCAUGCCAAAUGGGUCGUGGGAAAGGUGAUUGGCACAGCAAUGGUAAAAACUGCUAAAGUCAGAGCAACCAGACUUGUUUUGGAUCCCUAUUUGCUAAAGUACUUCAACAAGCGGAAAACCUACUUUGCUCACGACGCCCAUCAGCAGUGCUCCGUCGGGGACAUCGUGCUUCUCAGAGCUCUGCCAGUCGCGAGGUCAAAGCACGUGAAACAUGAACUGGCUGAGAUCAUUUUCAAAGUUGGCCGAGUUAUCGACCCAAUCACAGGAAAGCCCUGUGCGGGGACCACCUUCCUAGAAAGUCCACUCAGUUCAGAAACUGCUAACCCAAGUAAAACUCCAGAAGAACUCAAGGCGUCUUCCACCUAGGGAAGAAGGAGCCAAAGGGAUUUCUGUCUUUAUGUCUCCUCUCUGACUUCCGUCACUAGCCGUCCAGUUUCUCUUGUGACAUGAAUGAAAUAGUAAAGUAAAUGAAACAAAGA